CGGCGAGGCGAGGCGAGGCGGGGACGCGAUGGCGCCGCCCAAAGAGGAGCUCCUGAGCCUGGCGUUCAACCAAGACAACGGCUGCUUCGCCGUGAGCACGUCGCGCGGGUUCAGGAUCCACAACGCGGACCCGUUCGAGGAGACGCACCGGCGAACCUUCGAGGGCGCGAACGCCGGCGUCGCUUGCGUCCAGAUGCUCUUCCGAUGCAACAUCCUCGCGCUCGUGGGCGGAGGGAAGCGACCGAAGUACCCGCCGAACAAGGUCAUGAUCUGGGACGACCACCAAGGCCGCUGCAUCGGCGAGCUGUCGUUUCGAGUGGACGUCCGCGGCGUUCGGCUGCGGCGCGACAAGAUCGUGGUCGUCCUCGAGCGCAAGGUGUACGUGUACAACUUCUCCGAUCUCGCCGUGACGAAGCAGGUGGACACGUGUUCGAAUUUGCACGGCGCGUGCGCGCUGUCCCCGGGCGAGGGCGCGUGCGUGAUGGCGUGCCCGGGGUUAAACCGGGGGCAAGUCCGCGUGGAGUUGUUCGACCGCGGCGUCACGAAAUUCAUCCCCGCGCACGAGGGCGAGAUUCGGAAUCUGCAGCUCUCGCGCGACGGCGCGACGCUGGCGACGGCGUCGGACAAAGGGACGCUCGUGCGCGUGUUCGACACCGCGACGGGCGCGCCUCUGCGCGAACUCCGAAGGGGCGCGGACCGCGCGGCGAUUCACUCCAUCGCGUUCGCGCCGAAGGGCGAUUACCUCGCGGUCGCGAGCGACAAGGGCACCGCGCACGUGUACGCGUUGAUGAGUCGAGAAAGUGCCAAUGGCGACGGCGCGGGCACCGGGGGUGACGACUCUACCGACGGAGAUGUGAACCGUCGCGACGGGAUGCGAACGGACGCGACGAGCGCGAGCGCGAGCUCGAGCUCGCCGCCGCUCUCCCCGAGCGCUUCUCAUUCGUCGAAGAACGCGAAGAGCCCGCUGUCGUUCGUGAAGGGCUUCCUGCCGAAGUACUUCAGCUCGUCGUGGAGCCUGGCGCAGUAUAAAGUCGGCGAGGGCGUCGUCGCCGCGGUGGCGUUCGGACGGGAGCCGCGCACGCUGAUCGUCGUGACCGACGCCGGGGAGUGGCACAAGGUCGGGUUCGAUCCCGUGAACGGGGGGGCGUGCGCGCGGUUGGGGUUUUGUCGGUUCAUGAAGGCGGAGGAGGAGGAGGAGGAGGACGCGGGUUCUGGUUACACUGGUCCCCAUACGACCGCGUUCGCGUGGUGAACGCCGAUCCUUAAGGACAGAGGCGGGUGAUGAGCGGAGAGUGUCGACCUGGAUUUUUAGCACGCGCACGACUGGACCUCUCGUCUU